AUGACAGAAGAGGCAAAAGCAAGUGAAAUAUCACCUGAAUUGACAGAAACAGAUAAGCUAUUGGAACAAAUCAUUGAAAUGUUUGAAGAAAGUGACAGUGAGGGUGGAGAAAAUUCACAACAGGUCAAGCUAAAUAAGGAGAAUGAAAGGAAAAAGGCAGAGGAAAUGAGAUAUCGGUCAAUGGAAAAGCUGGGAGAGACAUUGAAAAGGAAGGCGACUGACAAUGGUCAAGUUACUCCCAAGAGGAGAGGGUCAGGAACAGAAACCCUUGUUUACUUGAGGGACAAAGCUAAAAAGCAGUUUGAACUCAGCAAAGAAGAGGUGGAGGUGAAGAAGAAAUAAUUAUCUCAACAAAUGCAGAUGUUUCAAGCUAUGCAGCAACAACUGCAGCAACAGCAGCGACAACAAAUGCAAGGACAUAUUCAGCAGCAGCAGCUGCAAAAUCAAAUGCUGGUGGCACUAAUUGAGAGAAUUACUAAAUAAAUAAUUUGUAUACUUGGUAAAGAAAAUUGAGCACAUAUUUUCAUAAGU